AUGAGGAAGCCCAAAUAUUUAUCAAAGGCGUCAGUCGGUGGAAUGGAUAGCUGGUGGCAUAUUCGAUUACGAGCCGCUUCUGAGGUUGACGCUGAGAAAAUGUUUUGGGACUUACUCAAGUUAAUCGAUGGUCUGCCCAUGCCUCAUGCCACCGAAAUGGCGAUUGUGGAAGCCCCUGGAUGUUUGGUUUGCGAUGGCAAUGCAGUAGGAGCGGAUUAUGAUCACUAUUACCUCUAUUUAAAAUCUCCACCAUCCCAAAGGGAAAGUUUCCAAUCCAAUCUGUAUCCACUGCGGCGUAAUCUAGGCAUUUCUGGGAGUGAAUAUUGUCUCUCGUGGAGGACCUCCGCCAUGACAUCAUUAAGAAUAUCAGCUCGAUGUUGUGAUAAAGAGAAUCUCGUGGAGUGGGAUGGGCCGGCUGUCCCAAUCACUGAGCCGUUCUCGAAAAAAGGGCGAGGCAUAAAUCCCCGUAAGCGCCCGUUGAAAGCCACCUCGCCCAAUGCUGAUAGAUAUGGUCCGGGCCGAGGUGUGAAGAACAGUAACCCGAAAUGGCCAGAUGCCGCCACUUCUACCUAUCGCUUCCGAUACAAAUACACGAUCAUAACCACAGUACUGCAGCCAGGCCUCAUGUCUCCCGAAGAGGCAUUGAGGUUCCAUAACAAAGCAGAAAGUCGGUCUGUGCAGGAAAAUGAGAUCCUUCAACUGUCUCUGCGAGAACUUGUUGACCAGGCCGCGAACAUUCCAAGAUAA